UCCAUCAAUGUUUCUCCACCACUAGUGUUGAUUUGAUUGUUGUUGAUUUUUUGUAUUUCUAUUGUAACACACAAAACUCUACGUUUCGCAACUAGCAAAAUUACAUCGCCAGAGCAGCGAAAGUCACAAAUCUGUGAACAAAUUUGGAACCAGAGCGAAGUUAUUUUCCGCCCACAUCGCAGAAAGAGCAUUGAAAAUGACACGCGGCAACCAACGCGACCUGGCCCGCCAGAAGAACCAGAAGAAGUUGGCGGACUCAACCAAGGGAAAGCGCACCGAUAAUCUCACCGUGGAGCAACGAAAGGCCAGGGAUGCCGAGCUUAUGCGCGAGAAGCAGAAAAAAAAGGAGGAAGCCGCUGCCGCCAGCACAAGCAAAUAGUCAACCCAAGCGCACUGGCUUUGCCGGGAUCUCCAUAUCCGAAUGCAAGUCCAGGCAGGUUAGGCACAUAGUCAGUCGUUCGUCAGCCAAGACCCAGAUUCGCCCCAGGACCUAGGAUAGUCGAUCACGUGGUUAAAUUGUAUAUGAAGCAACACACAAGAGAAUUGUAUACAUUUCAACGCUACAACUACGCAUAGAUAUUACCGGACUGUACAGCACGCGACAUAGCAAUAGCAAUACUAAGGUGCCACCCAAGGACUUCGAUUUGAAUUGCGAUUCGGUUCCGGUUUUCGUUCUCUUUCAUUUGCAAUGCUGCUGUACGUUAAUUAAGUACUUUUAUUUCGCCUACCUGACUAAAUUAUUUACUGUAAUGUAUAUAUAUAAAUUUUCAAAUAAAACAUAAUAUGCAGCCGCCAGAAAAAAAAAAACAAUGAUGGAGCCGCCUCGAUUAUGUAUUAUUGUGUUUGACGAAAAUAUAUGUAUAGAUUAUGGCACGCAAUGAAAGUCGAUUGUUGCCCAUAUUAACUGAAACUAAUGAAACCCAUUUGUAGCUAUGAUCAGAGCAAUGGGAGCCGCAGAGAGAGACACAAAGAUUGAUAAUCGGAUUACCGCUCUGAUAGUUAACCCCAUAAGUAUAGUCAAAGAUUGUUUAAUAUAAACCUUUAAUCGCACUUCCUUGAGUAUUAAUAGGUCGCUGGAGAACCACUAUCCAGCUUCACUGACCUGAUUUAAGCUUACCUUAACCAACGCUUUAAUGCAAACCCGAUUGCUGAAGAAAUUUGCAUACAAUAGGAGACAGAUAGAAAUGGCAAAUAAACAAAGGUUACUUGGAAUGAUUUGAUAAAUAUGAAAGUAGCUGCACGCCAUGGACUGGCCCACAAAACUCUCGCCUAGAUGCCAAUAAGUCGAAUGCUAGCGUUUACCUUUUACAGAUGGUAUGGCCAAAAACUUGGCCACUAACGGCCAGCAGAAACAGUGAGAAAAACAAAGUACUUUUCUUUGUCAAAUUUACGAUAUAGUUACGAAUAAAUUUCAAUGAUCUACCA